AAUAAGGAAAAACAGUAACACAUCUUCCUAUAACGGUUACAUUACACCUUUUUCUUUUCUUUUCUUUUUCCCUUUUCUCUCUUUCUCUUACAACAACACCAAAAGACACAACACAACAAUGCAUACAGACAUCAUCAACAUCCACAAAUUCCUCUCAACCAUUCACCAUUAUCUCCGCAGAUCUCGCUAUUUCAAUUUUCAAAACAAAAGGGUUGGAUUACAUUGUAUUUUACAUUUCUGGAAGAGAGAGAAAAAAAUACCCAAAAACACAAAAACAAAAAAGGAACCAUUUUUCCUUUCUUCCAUGAUGUUUCUGUUUCUGGGUAUUAUUCCUUUUCCUCUCUGACUGUGUGUCAGUUUUCAUCGGAAGCGGAUUCAAAACCCGCUUCCGAAAACCGCCUCACUUUCGGGUUAUCAGGUUUAUCUGUUUGGUUUGGUUUGGUUUCGCAGUGAGAUUGACAUCAACUUUGGGUGCAUGUUUGAUUUCACAGUGAGAUUAUUUUGGAUUUAUCUGAGUGAGUGCAUGUUUGGUUUCACGUUGAGAUUCACAAAAUUACGUUGAGCCACUGUGAUUUUACAUAAUAUGGGUUGUGUAAACUCCAAGAAAACGGUGGCUGACGGUGCUGUUACACCGUUGGGACCAUAUGUUCAUUCGAGUUCUCGAAAAAGGAACAAUGGUGGUGGUGGUUCUGGGAGAAGCAUGGCGGUGGAGAAUUCUUGUUCUUCUUAUUCUUCAAGAAAAGGAGAUUGUGGGGCCCAACAAUGUGACCUGAAAUCAGAGGAGUGGAAAAGGGGUAGUUUGAAUAUGAGGAUUGGUUUUUCACAUAGGUUUGUUGAAGGUGAACAGAUUGCUGCUGGUUGGCCUUCUUGGCUUACUUCUGUUGCUGCUGAAGCCAUCCAUGGUUUGGUCCCUCUCAAAACUGAUUCUUUUGAGAAAUUAGAUAAGAUUGGACAAGGUACAUAUAGCAGUGUUUUCCAAGCACGCGAAGUCGAGACAGGGAGGAUGGUUGCCUUGAAGAAGGUGCGGUUUGACACACUUCAACCCGAGAGCAUUAGGUUCAUGGCACGAGAGAUAAUAAUUCUCCGCACGCUUGACCACCCUAACAUCAUGAAAUUAGAGGGUAUAAUCACUUCACAACUAUCAAAUACUAUAUACCUUGUAUUUGAAUACAUGGAGCAUGAUCUUGCUGGCUUAGUAUCUAACCCUGAUAUCAAGUUCACAGACUCGCAGAUAAAAUGUUACAUGAGACAGUUAUUGAGUGGACUUGAGCAGUGUCACUUACGAGGUAUCAUGCAUCGAGACAUUAAAGUAUCGAAUAUAUUAGUUAACAAUGAAGGAGUUCUCAAGAUAGGAGAUUUUGGAUUAGCGAAUACCGUAAGUCCAAAUAGCAAGCACCCUUUAACGAGUCGUGUGGUGACUCUAUGGUAUCGUCCUCCCGAGCUUUUGAUGGGAUCGACAACCUAUGGAGUUUCAGUGGAUCUAUGGAGUGUUGGGUGUGUGUUUGCCGAACUUUUUAUGGGUAAACCCAUCCUUAAAGGGAGAACCGAGGUGGAACAAUUGCACAAAACUUUUAAGCUUUGCGGGUCUCCACCUGAAGAGUAUUGGAAAAAGACUAAGCUUCCGCUUGCAACAAUGUUUAAGCCUCAGACUAGUUACGAAAGCUCGCUUUGGGAGAGGUGUAAAGAUUUUCCUCCAACUGCUGUGAACCUACUUGAGACCUUACUGUCCAUCGAUCCUUCUAAACGUGGUACUGCCUCCUCGGCACUUAUGUCCGAGUAUUUCAACACCGCGCCAUAUGCCUGUUCUCCAUCACUCUUGCCAAAGUAUCAACCAAGCAAAGAAAUGGAUGCUAAAAACCGUGAAGCUAUGAACAGGAAAAAGAUCGGAGGUAAAGUGCGAGAGCGGGAUGCUGUAACAUCAGGAAGGCAAAGACGGGUCCACAAAGUUCUUCAGGAUCCUAAAAGUGUAAACAAACCAGCUUUGAAAGAGGAAAUGCAGAAUAUUUCUCAAAAUGCUUGUAGAGAUAACGGCGAUGGUAAAGCAUAUCAUACAAAGGGAAAAGUAGGAGCUAUACACAAAGAGCAACAUAAAAAAUUAUAUGAUACAAAAGCAGAGGCUGCACAAAUGGUCAAUGGUGGUUACAAUGGCUAUAGCGCAUACUCGGGACCGGCACCAGUCACAGGAUCUAGCGGCUUUACAUGGGCGAAUAGACGAAAUACUUCAUCCAUAUUAUCAGAUGGUUCAAGAAGCAAAGUAAGUGCAAUGGAUCCAACCUUUGCAAAAGGCACUUACGAUUUAACGAAACACGGGAUAGAAGUUUCGAAAAGAAAACAUAAUUACAACACAAGCUAUGGGGGGGACGAGACAUCGAAGCAUGUAUUUCAAAGGCACCAGGGUCGUAAUGGUCAACAAUCGUUUGAUGUAGCUGAUAUUUACCAUUCCAAUUAUUACAUGGAUUUUGAUCUCACAGAUAAAACAGAUGGUCCAAUAAAUGCACAAGGCCAUAGAAAUUAUGGUGAAUUUGUGGAAGAAUCAGUACCAACUAUGAUUCAAACAAAUAAAAAUGAUGAGAUGUUACAUUGGAAUGAAAGUAAUGUGUGGCGGCAAUCUACCCGUAAAUCAAGGUUGGGAAGAGACAAAUGACACAAGGAUAAUUGGAAUAGAGUAACAUUCGCUUCUACAAAGGGUACUUGACUGACUAUACAUUGCGACCAACAAUGGACUCCAUUAUCGACAUUCGAACUGAAUUAACUUCUGACUUCAGCUCUUCUGACAGGGUGACAUUAUCCUUCCUUUUGUUCAUAACAAAGUGUUCAUACAUAGGAGUAACAUUGAAAUAUAUAUAGGAUUACAGUAACAGUCCCAACAUGGAAGAAAAUAUGAUUAAAGAAAAGGUUAAAUUUUAUAAUAGAAUUGUCUUUAGCUUUUUAGUACAUAAAUAAAAUCCUUAUUUAUUUCUUUUUCUUUUCUUCUCAGUUCUUGAGUAGUGUAUGCAUAUAUAUUAAUUGAAAAGAGAGAAAAAUCUUUCAGUAUUU